AGAAGUCCUUUGAGGAGGUGAAGCGAAUGCUGUGUUCUGACCUUAUGCUGACACAUUACGACCCUACACUUGAAAUCGUGGUGGCGGCAGACGCUUCGAAGUAUGGCGUGGGUGCGGUUAUCUCUCAUAAGUUUGCUGACGGAUCGGAAAAAGCGAUCGCACACGCAGCUCGAUCACUGUCGCCAGCCGAAAAGAAUUACGGGCAGAUAGAGAAAGAGGCAUUAGCGAUAGUCUUUGCAAUAAAGAAAUUUCACAAAAUGUUGUAUGGCAGGAGGUUUACCCUGCUUACCGACCAUAAACCACUCCUAGCCAUAUUUGGAUCAAAGGCCGGUAUACCCGUUUAUACCGCGAACAGACUGCAGCGUUGGGCCACGGCCUUACUCGCCUAUGAUUUUGCGGUGAAGUACACGGCUACAAAGGACAUAGGUCAAGCAGACGCACUUUCCCGGUUAUUGGAGCUACAACAGCAUCAGCAGGAAGAAUCUAUAAUUGCAGCAAUCUCCCUUGAAUCAGAGGUCAACCAGGUCUUGAUGGAGAAUUUUAGGAAGCUUCCCGUGACGUUCGACAUGGUACGUGACGCAACUGUGCGAGAUCCCCUCUUGCGCCAGGUAAUCAAAUUUCACACUACGCAGUGGCCAAG